AUAGACUGGUGCACAUCAAAUUUCGGGAAGUAGCAAAUUCUGAAAAAGAGGGAGCUUCUGGAGUAGUAGUGUAGUUUCUACCUCUUUUUCUGGCAUGCUCUAGGACAUUCCACUCACUUCCCAGUUCCCACUGCAAUAUUACUCCUUGUCUUUGUCUUUACAUCUGCAACUCAGUCGGUUGGACUAGAACUCUUCUCUCAAACUUCUUGGCUCUACAAUAUUACCGCUGUUUCUCUCUCUUAGCUGCUUCCCAAUUAUAAUGUCCCAACAAGCAUACACAGUAGCUUCUGACAGUGAAACCACUGGAGGGGAAAAAUCUUCUAGCUUUCCAGAAAUUGCAAUUGGUGUUGAUAUCGGUACUUCACAAUGUAGUGUAGCAGUUUGGAAUGGUUCUGAAGUGGAGUUACUUAAAAACAUUAGGAACCAGAAAAUAAUGCAGUCAUAUGUGAGCUUCAAAGACGAAGUCCCUACUGGUGGAGUCAGCAGUGAACCUACCCAUGAGCAUGAAAUCCUUUCUGGUUCUGCAAUCUUCAAUAUGAAGCGCCUAAUUGGUAGGGUUGACACAGAUCCUGUUGUUCACGCUACCAAAAGCCUACCCUUUUUAGUUCAGACCUUGGACAUUGGUGUGCGGCCCUUUAUUGCUGCUUUGGUCAGUAAUGCAUGGAGAUCUACUACACCUGAAGAAGUUCUUGCCAUUUUUCUUGUAGAAUUAAGGGCCAUGGCUGAAUUUCAGUUAAGACGGCCUGUACAAAAUGUAGUUCUGACAAUCCCAGUCUCAUUCAGCCGUUUCCAGCUCUCAAGGAUUGAACGUGCCUGUGCUAUGGCAGGUCUUCAUGUUCUGAGACUAAUGCCUGAACCAACUGCCGUGGCACUUUUAUAUGCACAGCAGCAGCAACAUACUGUACAUGAGAAUAUGGGCAGUGGAAGUGAGAAAAUGUCCCUUAUCUUCAAUAUGGGAGCUGGCUAUUGUGAUGUAGCUGUUUGUGCCACAGCUGGUGGUGUUUCACAGAUAAAAGCCUUAUCAGGAGCUGCCAUUGGGGGGGAAGACCUCCUUCAGAACCUGAUGCGUCAUCUCUUACCCGAGUACGAUUCAAUUUUCUCAGGCCACAGACUCGAUGUUAGCAAGUCGAUGGCUGCUCUUCGAGUUGCAACUCAGAAUGCUAUACAUAUGCUUUCCUCUCAAACUAGCUUUGACAUUGAUGUCGACUUGGGGAAUGGUAUACGGCUUACAAAGAUUCUGGACAGAAAGGAAUUUGAGGAUGUAAACACGAUUGUUUUCGAUCAGUGUGAAGACCUUGUAAGACAAUGCUUGAAUGAUGCAAAGGUAGAAGUAGAUGAUCUUAGUGAUAUAAUACUUGUUGGAGGCUGUUCCUUGAUUCCCAGGGUCAGAGAUCUCAUUAAGAGCAUUUGCAAGAGAGAGAAACUCUAUGAAGGAAUGAAUCCACUUGAAGCUGCAGUUCGUGGAGCUGCACUGGAAGGAGCAGUGGCAUCUGGUAUUAGCGAUCCAUUCGGGAAUCUGGACCUGCUGACGAUACAAGCUACUCCGCUGAGCAUCGGGAUUCAAGCUAGUGGAAACAACUUCAUCCCCAUCAUCACAAAGAAUACUACAGUCCCUGCAAGGAAGGACCUGGUUUUUACGACUGUCCACGAUAACCAGACUGAGUCCUUGAUUGUUGUUUAUGAAGGCGAUGAAACAAACAUACAGAAGAAUCAUUUACUUGGGUAUUUCAAGCUUAGUGGGAUCCCUCCAUUGCCAAAAGGAGUUCCCGAGAUUAACGUGUGCAUGGAUAUUGAUGCUUCAAAUGUUCUGAGAGUCCUGGUUGGCAUUGUGAUUCCAGGCAACCAGCAGCCUGUCACUCCAAUCAUGGAGGUUAGGAUGCCAACUAUAGAUGAUGGGCAUGGCUGGUGUGCUGAAGCUCUUAAAAGGACUUAUGGAUCUACGAUGGAUUUGAUCACAGUACAGAAGAAGGCGUAGGCAUGAAAUAAUUCCGUCUUGUAUAGUUUCGCUUCUUUCUGUAGGUGGUAAUAAACUGAGGUAGCGGUGAUGAGUUUCUAUGUAAUUCUCUGAAUAAAGUAUCAUGCUAAUGCACAUCAUAAUAAAUUUAUCAUAAUAAAUUUAUUCCCGAA